GUAUGUGGCAUUUCUUUACUCUCUGCUUUUCUCUCACUCAAACAAGAGCCAUAGGUUUGCUGCCUUUUUUCUUCCUUUCUUAACUCUUUCUAAAGGCAUAAAGCAAUGUAGCUGUUGUCUUUUUGUUCCUUAAGUUAAGCUGCUGCUGCUGCUUCUACUCUUCAUGACUUCAAAACUUUGAUGUUGGUUAUUUGUCUCUGAAAAAAUAUUGGGUUUUUGUUUAUAGAUGGGAAGGGGUUUGUUGAAGCUGGUUGUGGGGGUUUUGUGGUUGGGAAUGGUGGUGGGAGCAGAGGAUGUCAAGUACAAGGAUCCCAACCAACCUGUAGCUGCUAGGAUCAAGGAUCUGAUGUCCAAAAUGACACUGGCAGAGAAGAUAGGUCAGAUGGUCCAGAUUGAUAGAACUGUUGCUACUGAACAGAUACUGAGGGAUUACUCCAUAGGGAGUGUAUUAAGUGGUGGUGGGAGUGCACCACUUCCACAGGCUAGUGCCGAGGAUUGGGUCAAUAUGAUUAAUGCUUAUCAGAAUGGAUCUCUGGCUAGUCGUUUAGGAAUUCCUAUGAUUUAUGGCAUUGAUGCUGUUCAUGGACACAACAAUGUUUAUAACGCUACAAUAUUUCCACAUAAUGUGGGGCUUGGAGCAACCAGGGAUCCUGAGCUGGUGAAGAAGAUUGGUGCUGCAACUGCUCUUGAAGUGAGAGCUACUGGAAUUCCUUAUGUCUUUGCCCCAUGCAUUGCGGUUUGUAGAGAUCCAAGGUGGGGUCGGUGUUAUGAAAGCUACAGUGAGGAUCAUAAAAUUGUGGAAGAGAUGACGGAUAUUAUAUUUGGGUUGCAAGGAGAUAUUCCUUCUGGUUCUCGGAAAGGGGUUCCCUAUGUUGGUGGAAAGGACAAGGUUGCUGCUUGUGCAAAGCACUUUGUGGGUGAUGGUGGGACAACCAGGGGUAUCAAUGAAAACAACACUGUGAUUGACAUGCAUGGGCUGCUUAGCAUGUACAUGCCUGCCUAUUCUUAUUCUAUUAUCAAGGGUGUUUCGACAAUCAUGGUCUCCUACUCCAGCUGGAAUGGCGAAAAGAUGCAUGCAAACCAUGAGCUGAUUACUGGAUUCCUCAAGAACACUCUUAAGUUUAAGGGUUUUGUAAUAUCAGAUUGGCAGGGAAUAGACAGGAUCACCUCACCACCACAUUUGAACUACACAUACUCUGUUCAAGCAGCAAUUCAAGCUGGCAUUGAUAUGGUCAUGGUUCCCUUCAACCAUACCGAGUUCGUUGAUGAUCUAACUUACCUAGUGAAUAGCAAAGUUAUUCCGAUGGAUCGUAUUGAUGACGCUGUAGAAAGAAUUUUGCUAGUGAAAUUCACCAUGGGUCUGUUUGAGAAUCCUUUCGCUGAUUUUAGUCUGGUCCAUGAACUUGGAAGCCAGGCACAUAGAGACUUGGCGAGGGAAGCUGUAAGAAAAUCACUUGUAUUGCUGAAGAAUGGGAAAGGUGGAACUACUCCGUUACUGCCCCUUCCAAAGAAAGCUUCAAAGAUUCUAGUUGCUGGCACCCACGCUGAUAAUUUAGGUUAUCAAUGUGGUGGGUGGACAAUUAAUUGGCAGGGAUUUAGUGGCAAUAACUAUACAAGGGGAACAACAAUCCUUGGUGCCAUAAACUCUACUGUUGACCCAAGCACAGAAAUUGUCUACCGCGAGAACCCUGAUGCUGACUUUGUGAAGUCUAACAACUUUGAUUAUGCCAUUGUUGCUGUUGGAGAGCCCCCUUAUGCUGAGACUGCAGGGGAUAGCACAACUCUUACAAUGAUGGACCCCAGCCCAAGCGUCAUUACCAAUGUUUGUGGAACUGUCAAGUGUGUGGUUGUUAUCAUUUCUGGCCGACCCAUUGUUAUUGAACCAUAUGUUUCCACCAUUGAUGCCCUAGUGGCAGCAUGGCUACCUGGUACUGAGGGCCAAGGGGUGACUGAUGCCCUUUAUGGGGACUAUGGAUUCAGUGGAAUGCUUCCAAGAACAUGGUUCAAAGCUGUAGAUCAGCUUCCUAUGACUGUUGGGGAUUCACACUAUGAUCCACUCUUCCCCCUUGGAUUUGGACUUAAAACUGAUUCGGUUGCAAGCAUUGUUUCACGGUCAACCUCAGCCGCUGCUUUGGAAAGGCCAUGCUUGUUUAUCAUAAUAAUAACCAUAAGUUUGAGUUUCUAUUUCACAGGUAAAAUACCGAUUUACUGAAGCUCUUAUUUGAAGGCUGCAAGAGAGGUGGUUGCAUACAUAGGGAGGGUUACGUGCCGCAUAACAUUUUCUGCUCUCAGAGUAAUGUCAACUGACUUCCUAGCAUUUUACAAGAGUAGCACCAUUCUCAAUUCCCUAAAUGUCAUUUAAAUUGAUUUUACUGCCAGACACUGGUUGCAGCAAUGUGUAGUUUUAGAAACCAUUGAUGUUUUGAAUGAGCUUGUUUUCAGCCAGAAUAGGUUUUCAAGGGCUCACUGUCACUUCCCUUAGCCACAGAGAGAAAGAGAGAGGGAGGGGCUUUCAAUUUAUUUUAACAGUGAUGAGUAAAUUAUCUUCUCUGAUUUUCUCAAGGCAUGGAAUGAUGAUUCUAUCCUGUAAGUUCUUUGCAUCAUUGGUACAGAAAUAACAGUAAUCUGCUUUUGUUUCCAAUAAAAAUUAAUCUAUUCAACUCA